AUGGCCCUCGGGAUUGCAAUUUGCCUUAUGAUUUCUACUCUUUUGUACAUCAAAAUUUAUCAAAUUGCUCGUAAACAUCAGCUUCAGAUUCAAAUUCAACAGCAGCCCGCCAUGCAAACUGUGAUUGUUGAUCAUAAACAGAACCUGGCGCGAUGGAAAAGAAGUACUUUCAACACUUCUAUGUAUUACAUCUGUAUGAUUCUGUGUUAUUUUCCGAUGUUUACAUCACUGUUACUUUUGGGCAUUAACCCAAAGCUGGAGAGACAGGAGUGGGAUUUGACAAUGAAUAUGGUUUUUAUGAACUCGUCUAUUAAUCCAAUGUUGUAUUGUUGGCGUUUACGCGAACUUCGACAUGCAGUUUUAAAGAUAAUCAAACAGCUACUAUGUAAACAAACGCAAGAAAACUAAUUCUCCGAGAAGAAAACCGUAUUAAUCAGUUUAGUUAGUUUUUCUGCUUUACUAUUGUAACACGAACGAUGCUUUGGCUUGAAUAUCGCGUGAAAAAAUCGACGUUACUUCCAACGACGAAAUUAUUACAAAAAUAUGAAUAUAGUUCACAUGACGUCACAUCCGCCAUGGUUGUGUCCCAAACCAGUCUUGUGGGAACUCUUUUCUAAUGUAAACACUUUUAAGUGCUAGCCACGAGAGUGAAAACGCUCUAUGGAAUUUUCUGCACUGUCGUUAUGAUAGAUGCUCUACCAAUGUCGGCACAUGCUCCAUCCCCUAACACAGGAGACGCUCCUGCCCAACAACAACAACAACAACAACAACCAUACAUUGAAUGAUAAUUAUUUCUUGUCAUUGUAAGAAUAUUUUACAUCUACACAUCUACACCAUAACUUACUUUUCUAAACAUACUUCAUUUUAUUCUCUUUUAAGGGUUUCACGCUGGAAAACUUCUUCCACUGUUAACAGAUACUGCUGCCUCAUUCCGAGGCUCUGUUACACAGUACAUCCUUCCCAUUACACCAAGCGCUCCAAGCAAGGGCAUGGAGGGACGCGGGAGACUGGGGACAUGGCAGGUAAAAAACCGUGUACAUUGCUAUUAAAGCUUGCCGCCGCCUUAAGUGGAAGACGCUAAACAGGAGAGAGUACGAAACACAAGAGAUGCAAAAGAGCGCUGGAUAGAGAAGGCAUGGGGAAGAAAAGAGGGCUUUCUUAUUUUUUCGUUACGCGUUCUUUUGUGUUUACACGUGCAUAAUUCAUUUUUUCUCUCUUUCCGUUUUAAGAUUCGUGCAUUUCUAGCUAAAGAAAAUUCAAGGACCUCUUCAGGAGUACAGCCAAUAUUUGGACUGAACUAUAGGCUUUGUAGUUUUGUCCACAUCAUUUUACAGCAAUUUUGCCUCUUUGUACGGUUUAAAGUUGAGUUUUCUUUCUUCAAGGAGUGGCUUUUCUUUUGGAAGACUUCUGGUAAUGAAAUAAAGAUGUCGCUUCUAUUUUGCCAGCACCAGAGAGAGAUUCAGCAAACAUCUUUACAACCUAAACAGACAAGUGACAGGAAAUGAAGAUUAAACGCGACAAAAGAAACCAAAUAUUAAACGUGGAAGGAAAAGUUGCGGACGCUCGAGAGCAGUUAGCUCGUUGCUUUCCUGUGGUGCUGUUUAUUAUGCUGUACAAGGUGGUUCUAACUUUUAAGUCUGUGGAUGAAAUCCUAUGGUUUGACCAUUCAAAUGAAAGCUAUUAAGCAGUACUCUCCAGUGGUGCUGUUUAUUAUUCUGAAUAAGGUGAUUCUUUGAUGUCCAGAUCUGGCCAUUGGACAGUUGCUACCUGAAAAGAAGAAUGACGUCAUACCUCUAAGUUUGUGAUGAGCGGGACACCGGUGUCGAUAGACGCUCUCCUUAUAAGGUAAUUGUCCUUGAUGUACUUUGUGUUCUGAUUGGGCAGGUUGAUGACGAGGUCCACGACUUUGUCCUGGAUCAAUCUACAACAUAACAACAUCGCAUGAUGAAGACCAGCUGUGAGAAUAAUAAAUGAAUAGCGGAGUUUCUCUCGAGAGACACAAGAUAACCGAACUUAUGCAUAAUGACCCGCCGACAACUGCAAUAACAGGGAGUUUAGGGACGGACCAUUAGAAAGCUUAUGGGGGGGGGGGGCGAAGUACAAAAAAAAUAUUCGCGUAAAGGAAAAUUAAAUGAAAAAAAUUCGUGCACGCCAAUUAACCCUAAAAAAUAUUCAUGCUAUGGCCUAAAAAAAAUCAUACAUGGAAUUUGAUAACGAAAAAAAAUUCCUGCGGCUCGAAAAUAACCCACCCCCCCCCCAUAACUUUUCUAAUGGUCCGUCGCUUAAGAUACCAUGGCGACGGCGGCAGAAAACGCCACUUAAAAAGUGACUUCACGUUCUUUAAACUGCAGCGCGAUUAUCACAACUCGCUCACUUUGUCCAAUGUAGGAAAACUUUCCUGGAUAUGAAUUCUUAAAAAAAGAUAUUCAAGUUUAAAGAGAGAAAGAGAAAUUCGUCGUCGUAUGUUCACGUUGUCGAUAAAACGUGAAAUUAGGCGAUUCACGUCGUAGUCGUGCAGUGACGGCAAAGAAAUGUACAAAAAAGCGUGAUGCACGUGCGAAGUUGUUGUUUUGCUAACCUAAACCUAUUGCUUUUUUGACGUUCUCGUUGCCGUAGUGACAUCUUAAACUCCCCAACAACUAUUGCUAUACGGCUGCGCAGCAAGGAUGAAAUGAAUGGUGUGUUAUGAUUCGUCUGUUUUAGAGGGCAAGAUGGCUAAGGGACUGCGAAUGGCUAUAAGCAAGGGUUCUUUAUAUUAAGGCUUUUUCCACAUAUUUUGUUAGAAAGAAGUUCCAAUGUAUCUUGCCCACUCGGGUUUAACCGCUUUUUACCGCAAGAGCAUAUUUGGAGGUUCUUUUAAUGACCAUGCUUUUUUGAUCAAGAUAGCUAAAAAUUGACUUUGUCUCUGUCCACAAAAUAAAUCAAUUAAAUAAUAAAAUAUAACAAAUAAACGGAAAAAAUAAUAGAUUGACGGAACAAGCCUGGUUAAUGAAGCAUAUUUAAAUUUCUGUCCUAGCAGAUGUUCAUUUUUAAAAGGCAAAUUAAUAUUGUUUCUGUACAAUGUCCCUUUGUAUUAUAUUGCCCGGGUAUAGAAAAGCGGUUAUUAAAAAAACACGACCUCUCGUUCCCUUUAGUGGCCACAGCAAUAAUUGUCAACACUGUUUAGAUAAGAUUUCUAAGCAAUUUCUCAUUAUAUUUCUUUUUAUUGCAAAGGGACAAAACAAAGCCAGUUAUAUUGCUAUCAACCAGUGUAAUCACGUUGGGUGGAAAUAAUUUAAAAGGUAUUGUCCCAGUGCGUUUUUCUCAAUUCAACUUUCCAGGGAGUUUGAUUACACUUGCCAUGAAGGAGUGAAUCAAAAAGGGAGAAAUGCUUUUCGAAUGAUAAAGAGCACCACAAGUUAUUGAUAUUUGUCUUUCAGUCAACCCAGUUUCGUGGUGUAAUAAAUUCUUAUCACGGGCAAACCUUAAACUGUGAAACUUUAUUUGUUACCGUUCGAGUCAAAAAUCUGAAAGAGGAUGAAUAUUUUUAUCGUCACGAAUUGUCUGCUUAAUGUUCUGCUAAUGCCCCCAUCGAUCUUUGGGAACGUUUUCGUGCUGGUCGCCAUAUUAACAACUCCUUCUCUUCGUUCACCGUCCAUACUGUUCUUGUGCAGUCUAGCUGUCUCGGAUCUUCUUGUUGGCUUGGUGGUACAACCGGUUUACAUUGCAUAUCAACUGAACCCUGAACAGGGAUUUAAAGAUGCAUUCGACGCUUUAUCGUCUUUAGGCUGUGGUGUUUCUUUGUGUACAAUGACAGCGAUAAGCUUAGAUCGGUUUUUUACUCUUCAUUAUCAUCUGCGAUACCCGAAUCUGAUGACGAAUAAGCGCGCAAUUUGCACAUCUCUAACUCUUUGGUUCUUGAUGUUCUCUGCAUCAUGUCUUUACGUAUGGAACAGAACCUACGCAAGGAUAGUCUUUGUCCCUGGAAUUGCCAUUUGCUUCUUGGUUUCUACUGUUUUGUACAUCAGAAUUUAUCAAAUUGUUCGCAGACAUCAGCUUCUAAUUCAUUUCCAACAGCAGACAGUGCGAAAUAUCAUUUCUGAUCAUAACCUGAACAUCGCGCGAUGGAAGAGAAGUGUUUUAAACACUUUUAUAUAUUACAUCUCUAUGAUUCUGUGUUAUUUUCCAAUGUUCACAGGAAUAGUUGUUUUAACUAUUCACAGCAGACUUCAGAGACAGGAGUGGGAGUUGACAAAUACUGUGCUGUUUAUGAACUCGUCAAUUAAUCCAAUUUUGUAUUGUUGGCGUUUACGCGAACUUCGAACUGCAGUUUUAAAGAUAAUACGAAAACUACUACGUAGACAAACAGAGGAAAACUAA